AUGAAGAUUCGUUUGGUUGUAUACAAUGGCGGAAAGUGGGAAAUCGUUAACGGAAAGUUGGAGUAUGUUGCUGAUGCUUAUUCAAGUAGACGUGGUUUAGAAAUUGAACCCAACCUUUCAGACACUGCUCUUCUAAGGUUUGGUGUUGGAUCAUCUAGUUUUUCAACUCCAAAAAAAUUUUUAGUUCCGGAUUUAAAUUUCUGUACUGAUGAAGAAAAUUAUGAUGUUGUAAACGACUCCCAACCAAAUCCUGAUAAUUCUUUUGAAAAUUGUUCGCGAUCUUCAUCAAUUACUUUUGAACCAGGUCACGUAUUUAAUAACAAAGAAGACAUGAAACUUGAGUUGGGAAAAAAAUGUUUGUUAGAACACUUUGAGUUUAAAGUAGAUAGAUCCUCUAAAAGUCGGUACCAAGUGUCAUGUUUGGUGGACGGUUGCGGUUGGCGUUUUCGUGCAAGGAGUUUUGGAGAUAGUGGGGUGUUUUUUGUUAAGAGUUUUAACGAUAAACACACGUGCUCGAAGACGCUAACGUACCCACAUGUUCGUCAGGCAAACCCAAAUGUUGUUGCUCAUUAUUUAAAAGAACCUUUAAAAGAUAGUGGAAGAAUAUAUCGUUGUAAUGAAAUAGUGAAAGAUUUUAGACAACGAUUCCAAGUUGAGAUAACCACUAGUCAAGCUUGGCGUGGAAAAAGUCUGGCACUAGAGCUUUUACAAGGAUCAAGCAGAGACUCGUUUGUAGAACUACCACUUUACUGUUACAAUCUAGAGCGGGCAAAUCCUGGUUCUGUUACACAUAUCAAGACUGAUGACGAGCGUCGGUUUGAGAUGGUCUUUGUCGCGAUUGGUGUUGCGAUUCGUACCUUUAUAUGUAAUUUAAGACCGGUGGUGAUCAUUGAUGCUGCACACCUAAAGGGUGAAUUUAAAGGGACGUUAUUUUUAGCGGUCGGGAUGGAUGGAAACAACCAAAUUUUACCAAUUUCCUAUGGAAUAGGAAAAUCAGAGGAUGGUGAAUCUUGGACAUGGUUUCUGUCAAAGCUUAAAGAAUGUAUCGGUGAAAUACCUGAAAUGGCCAUAAUUUCGGAUAGAGCGAAUUCUAUACAUCUGGCUGUUAGAAACGUCUUUCCACAUGUUUAUCAUGGGUUAUGUUGUCGUCAUUUAAUGAUGAACCUACGUUUACCCUCUGAUAAAAAAAAGAAAAUGAGAAGCUGUGGUGGAAGACAUGCAAAUCGUAUCGAUUGUCUGAUUUUAACGAGUCAUUUAAUUCUCUUUGUCUUGCCGUUCCUAGAGUACGUCACACUCUAA